CGGGAAUCAGUACAAAACACCCGAAGCAUUAGCAAAACCCGAUAAAUGCAUUGAAUCGGGUUCGAAGAAUAGGAGGUUUUCAUGCCCGUUUGUUGGUUGUUGCCGGAACAAAUCGCACAGCAAGUUUCGGCCGUUAAAAUCGGCGAUUUGUGUGAAGAAUCACUUCAAGAGGAGUCAUUGUCCGAAGAUGUACUCGUGCACGCGCUGCAACAAGAAGAGUUUUUCGGUACUCGCGGAUUUGAAAAGCCAUUUGAAACACUGUGGAGAGACGAAGUGGAAGUGUUCUUGUGGUACCAGUUUUUCUCGAAAGGACAAGUUGUUUGGUCACAUGGCGUUGUUCGAAGGCCACAUGCCGGCGAUUGAACCGGAGGAGGAAGCAAAACCCCCGGCGGCGGCUGUUGAGGAUGACGUAGAAAUGGAUGUUAGUCGCGGGUCAGAUAACGGGUUUUUGGAUAUCAGAACCGGGUCGGAUAAUGGGUUUUUGGAUAGGUUAAUGCUCGAUGGGUUUGAAUCUAUUGACAGUUAUUGCUUCCAAGAUUUACUGGAAUCUUCUUCUCCAAAUGGGUUAAAUACAGUUCCAGAUACUAAUGAAUGGUUCUCUUAGCUUUUAGAUAAUUGAUAGUGCUGCUAUAUGUAAUUUUUAUUCAAUCUAAUAAAAGAUUACUGGUAUUUUA